AUUUUCAACAAAUACUUUUCUGUCAAAUAUGUGUUUAAAAUGUGUGGUCGGUAUUAUUUGAAAAAGAAAGUGUCGGCAUUAAAAGGACAGUGGGACACGACGAAGAAACAGAGUCGUUACUCGUUAAAAUCCAAAUUUCAAAGACAGCAAGUUUACAAAAUACAAUUAUACAAACUAUACAAACACAGAAUCAAGAUCGAUCUCCAAACAGAAUCAAGAAACCGCGAUUUGAAGAGUGACGACUGCCACGAUGAAAUCGAAGAAAAAAACUGAAGCCUCAACAUAGAGAAGGCCACAAAAGCCCAAAAAAGAGGGAAGUAAUACAAAGAGGAAGAAACUAUAUAUCUCAUGGACCGUGACACUUUUAGCGAUGAGAGUCUUUGGAAUCCUCAAUAUGAAAAAUUCUACGUGCGUGUCUCAGCCAAGAUCUAACUUUGAGUUAUACGAGUAAGAGUACC